CUGGCUUUUGGCGAGUGUCACUAUUGUGAUCACGAGCUCCCAUUGGCUCCUGUCUUAAAUACGUCACAAUCAUGAUUAGAAUUGAUGAUCGGACGUUCUGAUUUCAUUGUCUGGCAAUGGGGACUGGUGAAGAAAUCUGCUGAAUUCCAACGUUCGCGUUAUAUUGACAUCAAACAAGCAGACUACUUGCAUACCCUGGACCACCGCCAUCACCACUGCCUUCUCCAACACCACCACCACCACCACCACCACCUCCUUGUGUUUGGGGGCUGUCCCGCCACAGCUCCCAGCAUGUCCAACGAGCCAGGAUGACAGGCACCACCUGACUGCACCUCUCUAAUCAAACAAGAGAGGGGCUGCAGCUGACAUGGCUGCUCCCUUCCCCACCAGUGGCACAAUGGACUCGUGGACCGACAGGCAUGGCCUGCCGAUGAUGAACCUGCGGUCUGUAUUUACAACUGAGCAACAGCGAGUACUGGAGCGUUACUAUGACAACGGAAUGACCAACCAGAGCAAGGCCUGCUUUCAGCUAAUUCUGCAAUGUGCUCAAGAGACCAAAUUGGACUUCAGCGUGGUGCGGACUUGGGUGGGAAACAAAAGGCGUAAACUGGCCUCUAAGACGGACCAGAAUGGAGGCAUGCCUCAUACCUCAUCCAAUCAUGGACCACUGGGGGGUCUUUUAUCCAAUCACGCACUGGUAGGGGGAUCUUUAUCCAAUCACAGCCUGGCAGGAGGGCCCCUCAUCACGGGAACCAUGUUGCCUGCCGCACGGAGCAUCCAGAGCAGAGGUCAUCUUCUUCCUCCGUCCUCUUCCUUCCCCCCUUCCUCCCUCUCGUCUUCGUCUCAUUCAUCUUCUUCUCCUCUCGGCAGUGGCAACAACAAUAACAACAAUGAUGUCAUCCUUACUGGGAUCUACUCCCUCAACCCGGCCCCCUGCCCCCGACCAAGACCCUUGCCUCCGCCCACUCAAAUGGACACCACCGUGGCUCUGCAGAACAAACCGCCUCUUCCUCUCACUCAGUCGGUCCACAUCAGGGCCCGUGCUAGCACUUCUCCCCUUCCCCUGCGUCUGGUCACUCCCCCGUCCAAGCCCCCGUCCCUCACGUCUCCACCCGGACCCUCCACCUAUGCGUCGGCUAGCAAGGCGGGCCUCUCCCUUUCUGCGUCGGCUGUUGGUUCAGGGUCAGUGUCGGGGUCGCAACCGGUGCCCCACAGCUGGGCUAGACAGUAUGGUUCGGUGCAAAGCCGCCCCUGGUCCUCUUCGUUACAAUCCCAGCCCGGGUCGCAGUCCCGAACUAACUCCAACCCCCUCACUCAACCGCCUGCCCGGCCAAGGGCCCGGGUCACGGCCCCGACCCCGCCCACACCUACGUCACCCUCCGACCACACCCUUCGCAUCCAGCAGGUCUUCACCCUAUCAGGAAGAGCCAACAGCGAAGCUCUGAGGGCAUCUCAGACGGCUCCCGCGAAGACGGCUUCCCGGGAGAAUCGUAAGGCGGUUUCCCGAUCCCCCGACGCGGCGGGCUACUUCUCCAUCGCCAUGGAGACGGGCAAUGAGGAAGACGAAUGGCAACAGGAGGCGGAAUUUGCGAACAUGUCCGCCCAGUCCCAUACCCGCAUGGAGCAGACCUCAACCAGCCUGUCCCACGUCGAAGUGAUGGGGUAUAAACAAGGCAACCCCUCCCCUCCUUCGAACUACGGACCUCCACCGCACCCAAGCAACGCGGCUUCUCAAGGCAGCUACUCCACCACACCUCAGACCUCGCUCUCAAGGCAUGGCAGCUCACCGAAUUCGUUCAGUGGGUCUGCAGUGUGGCUGCACCUCAGCAACUCCAGAAAGAGAACACUCCAGGAUCGGACCCAGUUCAGCGACGGCGACCUCGUCCAGCUGAGGCGCUAUUGGAACAGGGGCAUGACCAGCCUUGGGUUUGUCUGCAGGGAGAAGAUCACCGCCGCAGCCAACCAGCUCAACGUGGACACUGAGAUAGUCAAGACAUGGAUCAGCAACCGACGAAGAAAAUGCCGGCUGAUGGGUAUUGAAAUCCCUCCACCAACUGACGGGCCAGCUGUAUUUACCUCUUCUCCUGGAGACCAGUCCCUGUCCCUUACCCCCGAAGAGGAGGCUCUUCGAACGCCCGAACUGGGAGAUGAGUUGAAUGACGAGGGAUCUCUCUGCUUGUCUGAAGAUGGCUUGGCUGAUUCCUUCCAGAGAGAAGGAGAGGAUGGUGGCGGCAUCUCAAACCCUUGUCCCUUGGCUAACGAUGUGAAAAUAGAGAUCAUUGAUGAAGAUGAGGAAGAUGUCAUUGAAAUGAUGCCUUCAGACAUGGAGCAGAUGCAGAACCUUUUGGAGUUCAAGCACGAGGAGGUGCAGUUCCUAGAGAGUGAGCUAGAGAACCAAAAACAGAAGUACCAGGAGCUUGAAGAGUUCACUAAGAGUCUGGUCAAUGCUAUAAAGAACAAUGAUUUGAAGACACAGCAGGACCUCUUGGCCAGUCUACCUCAGCCCGAUGAUGGCGAUGCGAAGGAGGUCACUGAUGGGCGUGACGAUGAAGAGUACACCGGCACGCCAGGGGCAAUGUCACCGAGCCACGAUGACCAAUCCCCGUCAGUGAUCCCCCUCAGCCAAGGCUCAUCGCCUGGCCCCGUAACAUCACCCAUUGCUGCGAGCCCUCCGCAAGACUUCCCACCGGUCACCAUGAACCACGACGGCCUCUCGACCGAAUUCACAGAGCCCUCUGCAUCAGAGGAGCCCCUGGGAGAAAGUGUUACAGAAAGCUAAAGACUGUUUUUACAUACUGACAUACCGUCAGAAUAACCCCCACAAUCCCAAUUAAGCUAGCAUCGGACAAGAGCGAGUACUCUGUCCUUCUUGCGCAUACACCCACAGGGGUCAGGGCUCUCAAGUCUCACGCAUUCGGCGUGAGACACGCGCAAUUCAACCCAUGCACACGCUUUGCAUUGGUGGAAAUGGGUAGGGGGAGUGGUUAAGUAGAGCCUUCCGAUUGGACGGUUUGACUUUAGAGUUACCGUCAUGUUUUGUAUUUAUUUUUUUACCAUUAUUGUUUUAUAGGGACAAACAUUAACAAAUUUCUCCUACAGGGGAUUGAUAAAGUUCUAUCUAUUGAACAGAAAGAAACACUGGGUCAUACUUUACACACUUUACCACAGCAUUGGCCUACUGAAUGCCACAGAUAUAUUUUAAGCAUUGGACUGAAUGCCACAUAAAUAUAUAAUUAUGUUUUUGCAUGUUUGCAACGUUUAAAAGUUCAGGGAAAAGUAUAUGCCUCUACUGGUGUUGCUUAGGCCAAUAUCCUUUUGAGGCAGUGGUGUUUCUGAAUAUUAGUGUUAAGUGCGAAUAAUGCUUACUAUCAUACAUUAGUCCCCAUAUCUGUGGACACAUUUGUACGCAGUCACAUAUUAAUAUAUACCCCCCCUGCCGCCUGCAACAAAAUCUCACUCUGAACUCAGUUCAAAACUUGAGAGCCCUGCACCCAUAUUACCACAACUCCAUGCCUAGUGCCUGUGGAUUAAUGCUUCACUAUGACUGUUGGGCAGACAAUGCCUUUUUUACUGCAUAUAAUUUCGCCUUGCUCUGGUCUCGCCCCAGACUCGAUAAUAAAUAACCUAAUCUGAA